AACACAUCUGGCAACCCUAAAGUACCGAUAGUUUUGCAACUCUGCUUCGGCCAUCUUUCUUUUUCGACGAUCCGCACAUCUAGUGACAAGAGCGAAUCAACAUGCAGCUUUUCGUACGUGGCUUAGAGACCAUUCAGGCCCUGGAGGUGUCCCAGGAUGCCACCAUUGCCGGUGUUAAGAACCAAUUCGCCGAGUUGCAUGGCUUCAACAGCGAGGAGUUCAGCCUCGCUUGCGAGGGUGCUACCCUGGCCAACGAGACUCCCGUGACCGCCCUCAGCUCCUUCGAGUUGGACAUCAACAUUCCCAUGCUUGGUGGUAAAGUGCACGGUUCCCUCGCUCGUGCUGGUAAGGUCAAGGGUCAGACCCCCAAGGUGGAGAAGCAGGAGAAGAAGAAGAAGAAGACUGGACGCGCCAAGCGCAGGAUUCAGUACAACCGCCGCUUCGUCAACGUUGUCCAGGGCUUCGGUCGUCGUCGUGGUCCCAACGCCAACUCCACGUAAACAGUUAGUCGGGGAAUGAUGAACGAGUCGCUAUGUUUUAUUGCAGAAUGAUGUUCAUAAAGUAAUUUCAAACAUUAAACAAUACACCCUAA